CAUCAACUGGUUAGUAUUCUGAGGCUGGUUGAUACAGCAUUGGAUAAUGAACUAGUGAUGCUGAUGGAUGAGGUUGGAGUUGGGAAAACUAUGCAUGCAGUUGGCUUAAUCACAUGUCUUGGUCACUAUAGAGAGCAUUACAGGAAGCACACAAGUUCCCUGGAAAAAUUGGUAUGUAAUAUGGUAGUUAUGACAGCUGUAUACACUAAUAGUUAUCUACAGCCCAGUGAUUCUGCAAGAAGACUCAUUUCAGACUUGCCUACUGUGAUAAUGAGAUCACCUAAUUUAUACCAUCAAUGGAUGAGUGAAAUAUAA